UUGUCAAUUUUUUUUAACUCUCUUGAAUUUAAAUUAUAAUGAUAUACAUUGAACAGUUAUAUUUUGGUAGCAAUAAUUUAACAAUCACUUUGCCCAUGGGAUGAAUCUCCCUAUAAGAUUUUACUAUAGACAGAAACGUUAAAAGCCACAACUUUUGCUUUUGAUCAACGGUGAGCCUCACGCCACCGUUGAGAAAUACUAAUGAUGGGUAAGAGGAAGAAAAGCUUUCUCUCCUCCAUCCCCAUCUCCUCCAAUUUCCCCCGUUACAUUGUAGCAUCUCGUGCCGGUACUAAGAAAUCAAAUUCCGUUGCGAAGAAUUUGAAAUCGACGUCUGUUUCUUCACGCGUAAACAAGCUAUGAUUCUCCUUCCGGUGCUAAGUUGGGUAUCUCGACUGCUUCUCCAGUUGAGGAAAUUCCGAGGGGGUUCCCUUCUGGCUUCGGAUAAGGUUGUGUGUGAUGCCUCUGCCAGUCUUGUUGUCAGAGUUUCGUCCUCCUUUUCACCUCCAGCUCCUGCUACACAGACUAUCUAUGAGUCGUUGGAGGAUGAGAUAAAUCUGGAUAAUCCUGUAGUAUCAGGGUUCAUCCCUCUUUCUCCAGCGGUAAAUGGAACUCGGAAGUAUUCAGAGGUUAUCCACGGGUCAGCUAUGAGGGAAGAGUUUAUUGGUGAAGCACCAUAUAUGGGAAGAAUUAUUGGAAUUGUUAACGCCAUUUGGAGCCAGUCUGGACCAAGAAUCUUUGUCCACCGCCUUAGUCCGCUAAGUUUUCUUCUCAGAGUCACCAACCGUCGUACUCGUACUUUGGCUUUGGCUAGAAAUGUGUGGAUUAGAGCAGGGUACCCUAUGUACAUAGCUCUGUGGUCUCCUGAAUUCUCGCCGGAGGAGCCUCAGUUAACAUCAAUAGUGGUUCUAGUUGAGCUCAGAUGGGUGCCUUAUUGAUAUCUUGCAUAUUUCUAUUGUUUUAUCCAUUCACUCAUGUGCAUUUUGAUCAUAUAGAUUAGGAUUUAACCAUGUUUAGGUUGCAUUUUGCAUACAUGAGUCCUUAUCAGAUAUUGGAGUACCACAUGGAAUUCUUGGAGACAUUUGGGUGCAUUUGGAGUUCAAAAGAAGUGUUUAAAGUGAUCAUUGGGCGAGCAGCGCAUGGGAGCGACCAGUCCGGAGCGACACCAUCAAGUCGCUCUGAUCUCCCUAUCAGAGCGACCUUACCAGAGCGACAGGGAAGAGUCGCUCGCGUUUUCAUCACCCGGAGACGCGAGAACGAGUCCGGAGCGACCUCUCGCAGCGACACAGCGAGGUCGCUCCCGAAGCAUGGAGCGACUUGUCGGAGCGACGAGCCGAGGUCGCUGCGCGUCUUAUUUCUGCUCGAACUUAUGAUUUCUCAAGGGCCUUUUGGUCAUUUCAUUAUGCACGUUUUUAUUUUCUAAACCUGUGUUUUAAUACUCUGUAAGCCGAGGAGGCAGAUCAUCUUGGUUCUUAAGAAAAACCACCAAAAAAACCUUUGGAAAGUCAUCUCUUGAAUCAAUUGAUCAGUUUUGUUA